AUGCUUUUAUUUUUUAUAUCUAUCCGCUUUGAUAAGCUUGAAAGAAGGACGAGAGCCGAGGUAUGCAACAGAUAUAAAACAGAUGUAUACAGCACGAAGUAUAGUCGGUCUCCUCCAUAUCAAGAUCAAAAAGGUUCAUGCACCAAAUUGAACUAUGAUAAAGCAACAGACGAUAAUAAAGCGCUUUCAGAGCUUAAUUAUAUGAGAUGGCUUGUCGGAUAUGACACAAAAGUCACUCUUGCAUCAGGUUUUGAUGAUGAACAGGUUAGAUGUGCAAUAUGCAAUGUGGUUAAUAGAGAUUUGAAUCACGAACCUACUUCAGCGCAAAAAUGCUAUACGAAGGCAGCAUACAAUGGAUGCUCUUCAUCCAAUCUUGGCGCAGGCUAUGGAAGUUAUGAUGCGCCACAGGCUAUUCAACAAUUUAUUCAAGAUCCUGGCAAUGGUAACGAAAACAUAGGGCAUCGAAGAUGGGUUUUUUAUGGUGGUCUUAAAACUACAGCAUUUGGAGGAGCUUAUAAUUCAGAAAGAUCAGGAGAUGAAGGCUUGACAAACUCUGUGGCAAUGAAGACCUUUAACAUGGGAUCUUCAACCGAAGAAAAGCUUCCGUUCACAGCAUAUCCACCUCCAGGUUACUUUCCAGCUGAGUUUAUAUACAAUAGAUUCAGCUUUUGGGCUCCAGGAAUUCCGGAAAAAGGUCCCUUACAAAUUUCGGUUAAAUUUGAUGGAGUUACUCAAAAUAUUGCCUAUAGAUUUUAUACAACAGGGAACUAUGGAGGAAGUCAACGUGGAGCAAUGUUUAAUCUUACAAGUUUACCUCAAGUUAACUGGUAUGAUAUUGAUUAUAAGAAAUUAAUUGGAAAAAGAAUUGACAUACAAGUAAAAUACAGCUCCAAUGUAUAUGAUUAUACAAUUUAUCCAGUCGAUUGUACUGCCGAAGAGAAAACCCCAACUAGAUCUCCUACAAGAUCACCAACUAGGUCUCCUCCCCCACCAACUAGAUCUCCUACAGUACCAACUAGAUCUCCUACAAGAUCACCAACUAGAUCUCCUACAAGAUCACCAACUAGGUCUCCUACAGUACCAACUAGAUCUCCUACAAGAUCACCAACUAGAUCUCCUACAAGAUCACCAACUAGGUCUCCUACAGUACCAACUAGAUCUCCAACUAGGUCUCCUACAAGAUCUCCCACACCAAAAACGCCCACUCCAAAGACGCCAACACCAAGAACGCCCACUCCAAAGACGCCAACACCAAAAACUCCAACAAAGAAAAUAACAACAUCAUUAACUUUGCUAACAACCACAGCGACAAAAGAAAACACACCUUUGCCAACAACUCAAACAAUAGCACAGAUCCCGGUUGACAGUCCAAGUGGGAACAGCGGCGAGAGCAGUAAUGAUAACCAAAGCGGCAAGAAACAAGAACACGACAAGAAGAUGAAGAUCAUUGUCAUUGCUUCAGCCGCCGCUGUUGGUCUUAUCCUUGUUAUCAUCGUUAUUUCAACUGUUGUUGUUUGCAAGAAGAAAUACGGCAAACAAGAAGCAGAAUCAGAUCGCAGUGAACUCAACAUGAUGUUUCUUGUUUAA